GAUUAAUGCCAAAGGGGGAGAAAAUAUUUAGCCCAAAGCAAAAGGACCGCACCACCACCAUUUGAAAUUUUUUUGAAAUGAAGUUUUAAUUGGUAUUUAUUUCAAUUAAUAUAUUCUCAAAUUAUUAUCUGGUAUCAAUUGGUAUCUAUAUUUCACUUGUUUUGUGAAUGUAAAAUUUCUAAUUGAUAUCUAUCUCAAAACCCUCUUGAAAACUAAGAGGAGAAUUUCAUUCACGAAGAGUUUUAUUUAGUCAAAGGAAAAGCAUUUGAAACAGGGGAGAAAUUUUAAAUCUUGAAAAUGCUUCUUGCAAUCUUAUUCAUAUACCUUUGACUAUUUGCAAAAAGACUUUUGAAAAGAUUUUUCCAAAAAGAUUUGCAAAAACAAAACAAGUGGUGCAAAUGUGGUCCAAAAUCUUAAAUAAAAGGAAAAAGCAAUCCAUUCAUACUCAAUGAGAUUUUCAAUUGGUUUAACUCCAAGCAACCUAUGCACAUUCCAAAUGCAAACUAGUUACAUUUCUGCACUUAUUAUUUGCUUUGGUUUAUGUUGGCAUCAAUCACCAAAAAGGGGUUGAUUGAAAGGGAAAUAGGGUUAACCAUUUCCUAUAAUUAAUUUUGGUGGUUGAUAGUCAACAUAAACACAUGGACUAACUAGUUUGUCUAGAAUUCAUGUAUUACAGGUGCAUAAGGUUCAACACAAACCAAGAAAAGAACAAAGUUAGGGACACAUUUUUAUUGGAGCAAAAGGACUUGAGUGUGCUGAAGAUUGGCGCACCGGACAGUGUCCGGUGCACCAGGCCGUACAACUUCAAACCAACCACUCUCGGGAAUUCUAGGGCGCGCUCCGCUAUAAUUCACCGGACUGUCUGGUGUGCCACUGGAGCAAUGGCUAUCUGUGCCAACGGUCGACUCUGCAAAGUUAACAGUGUCACGGCAGAAGUUAGAGCAGCAAAGUCAGAGAGCACCGGACUGUCCGGUGUGGCACCAGACUGUCCGGUGCCACAAGAGGACAAAGCUCCAACGAUCGACCCAGCUCCGAACCCUAACGGUUGGGUGACGGGUGGCGCACCGGACAAGGAACAGUGCCUGUCCGGUGGCGCACCGGAUUGCCAGCAGCCUCCCCAGCGGCUAUGGAAGUGGUUGGGGGCUAUAAAUAUCCCUCCAACCACCUCAUUCAUAACAAUCCAAGCAUUCCAAACAUCUCAUUCAAUACAAGAGCAAAAGACUCCACUCCAAGACACAUCAAAUAGACUGAAUCCUCUCUAAGUCUCCAAAUCAACUCAAUUCCAUUAGGGACUUGAGAGAUGCUGUUUUGUGUUCCUUGUUGCUCUUGUUGCUUGGCUUGGCCUUUUUCUUUUCCCAUUCUUAUUCUCAAGUGCUUUGUAAGCGAAGCAAGAGACACCAAGUGUGUGGUGGUCCUUGCAGGGUUUUAGUGACCCGUGAGAUUAAGGAAGAAGGCUCACUCGGUCUAAGUGACCGUUUGAGAGAGGGAAAGGGUUGAAAUAGACCCAGUCUUUGUGACCUCCUCAACGGGGACUAGGUUCUUUGGAACCGAACCUCGGUAAAACAAAUCAUUGUAUCACUCGCCUUGUUUCUUGUUUGAUUUGUUUUCCUCUCUCUUCAGACUUGAAUUUAAUUCUAACGCUAACCCCGUCUUGUAGUAUGUGUUUAAAGUUAUAAGUUUCAGGUUUCGCCUAUUCACCCCCUCUAGGUGACUUUCAAUUGCAAGGAGCAAAGACUUCACUCCAUCCACACUCAAAGCAUCAACUCCAUCUCCAAGUGCCAUAAUUGUGUUCAAGAAUCAUUAGUAAUUAGUACUUUGGAGAGACACAAGAGUGUGACAUUUUGAUAUUUUGUUGCUCUUUGGCUUGGUGUUUUGAUCGUGCUUUCUUCCUCUCUUUCUAAAUUCUCACUUGUAAAGCUAGCAAGAGACACCUAAUUGUGUUUUGA